GGGCGUGCCUGCGCAGCCGCGGUGUAACCUCCGGCGUUCACGUGUGGAGAUGGCGGCUGAUCCUGUUCCUGCGGCCGCAAAGCCUCAGCCGGGAACUCUGAACCUCAAUAACGAGGUUGUGAAGCUGAGAAAGGAAGUGAAGCGAGUCCGAGUUUUGGUUAUCCGAAAACUUGUCAGGAGUGUUGGCAGACUGAAGUCCAAAAAGGGCGCUGAAGAUGCACUGUUGAAAAAUCAGAGACGAGCCCAAAGGUUGCUUGAAGAAAUUCACGCCAUGAAGGAAUUGAAACCUGAUGUCAUAACUAAAUCCGCUCUUGGUGAUGAUAUCAACUUUGAAAAAACUUGCAAAAAGCCAGAUUCUACUGCAACUGAAAGAGCAAUUGCCAGAUUAGCAGUUCACCCUCUUCUAAAGAAAAAAAUAGAUGUGCUAAAAGCUGCUGUGCAAGCCUUCAAAGAUGCAAGGCAGAAUGCUCCUGAAGCUCCGUCAUCAAAGAAUACUUUAGAAGAAAGCCAGUGUAAGGACACUCGGUGUUCAAAGGAUGAUGCAGGCAAGUCACAGCAUCAUGAGAGAACUGUUGGCAGGGAGCAGAGAGGAAAAGAAGAAGCUAAAACAGUAACAAAGAAAGCAGUAAGCGAUUCAAAAGACAAAACAGCCAUGAUAGAGCAUGGACCCAAAGCAGUGGCCACUCCGUGUUCUCCAGGGAUGCCUUCAGCAAAGGAUGCCCUGGCUGCUUCUGCACACCAGAAGGCAUCAUCUACUGACUCAAAACAGCAAGCCUCAACCGAAACCGCAAAGACAGAGGGUGAAGGCACCCUGGGUGAGAACAGCGGCAGCGGGGAAGAGGUGAGUGAGAGUGAGAAGGAGUACUUCGACGACAGCACCGAAGAAAGGUUCUACAAACAGUCUUCUGCGUCUGAGGACAGCGACAGCGGUGAUGACUUCUUCAUUGGAAAAGUCCGACGGACACGAAAGAAGGAAAAUAGUGUCCGGUCCUCGGCUAAGGAACAGAAACCCCUCCCAAAGGUCUCACCCAAAGCUAAUACCCUUGAAACCCAUUGGGAUACACGAAAUGAUAAGCACAAGCUGAUCCCAGAAGCCCGGAAGUUAGAAUCCGUGUUUUUCCACUCUUUAUCUGGACCUAAAAGCUCCAGAAGGGAUCCCAGAGAACAGGCCCCGAAGAAUAAAGCUCCAGAUUUUCCAGAAGAUGAACUUCCAGUCAAGAAUGAGUUUGCAAAGAGUGCACGCAGAGGGUUUGAGCGUGUGAGACAGCAGGUGCAGGCUCCUCUGCACCCUUCUUGGGAAGCGAGCAGGAGGCGGAAAGAGCAGCAGUCCAGAAUUGCUGUGUUUCAGGGGAAAAAAAUCACAUUUGAUGAUUGAUUUAUUGAUUGAUUGAUUUAUUGUUGCCUUUUCUGUCAAAAUUUUUGUUUUUAUUUUUAACUAGCCUAUUUAAAUAAGUCUCUUGAAAGUUAAAAAAUAUAUUGCUUAUCUUUCUUUUUA